UUUGUAAACUAAAGUUUAAAAAAAAAAUGAAUUGUUUAGUCUCAAAUGCAAUUAAGGCUAGACAUUUGCCAAAUAUUCGCAAAUAUAAAAACCAGUUGACUGAAGAAUUGAAAGUUUUAAAUAAAAUUAUUAUUUGAACUGAACUGAACUGAAGCUGAACUGGACUCUUAUUAUUAAUAAGAGUCCAGUUUAGCCACAUAGUCAGUCUUCUGAAAAUACUGAAAUGGAUCGUUUUAUCCCAAAGCAAGAAGAUACUAAAGAUUAUGUUGCUUUAAGGUCAUCUGAAGAUGGAAAUUGCCUCUACAGUUCAGCUUCUCUUUUAAGCAAUUCGUCUCUGAAGACAGUUAAUGUAUUGAGGCUUCUAACUUCGAUUGAAUUGUUUGAAAAAGCUUCCUACUAUGCGAGGUACUCCCUUUUUGUUAAGCAGGUUGAAAACAAUAAUUCUAAUCUUUCCAGUGUUCUAGUAGCCUGUGUUUCUUUUGAAUGUUCAGAUCAAUUUAAAUUAAUUAACAGUGAAUCAGCUUCUGAAAUUAUAAUAAUGGAAGCAUUGAUCAACUGCCAAGCUAACAAGUUUUCUUCGUUUUUAUGUCAAAUUGCUUUGUCAUCAGUUUUAAAUAUUCCUAUUAGAUCAAUUUAUCCUGAUUUUGGCUAAGAAAAAUUCAAAAAACUUUUUAAUGCAAUUAUUUUUCCAUUUCGUUCAAUUAAAAAUCAAGAUCAAAAUGUU